UAUAUUGCAGCUGCUGUUUUCCACCGCUCGUUCACUUACCACUGGUAACACAACCAUUUUUUUUUUUCUUGGCUCUGUGUUUAUGCAAUACGCGAAUACGCAAGUGUGGCUGCGAGACGCGGUGAACGUGCGUAAUUUAGUUUUCACCCAAAAUGGGCGAUGGAGCCUCCGCGAGGUGCUUCACUGUGUGCGCCAUGUUAAUGUGGCUGUACUUGUGUGUAGCUAUAUGUUCUUGAAAAUGAGGGAUCAUCACACUGCUGGAUGGUGGGAUUACUUUCAAUGAAAUCACUUGAACAAAGUGGGGGAUUUUUUUGGGGGGAAAGGACUGGAGAAGGAGGCGAGACGAGUCUUCUUCUGCGGAGUGGCACCCUGCACACAGGAAAUGAUGGAUUAUCAACAAAGGACUCUCUCCUGGGUCAGAUACCGUUAUAUUCCUCGGGAUACACCGAUCCGUUAAGACACUACUCCAGCGCGGCCACAUAUGGAGCGGCCAACAUGCAGGAGAAGGUUUACCCGGGGUCCUACUACCAGCAGACGGGCGCAGCGGCCGCGGCCAUCUACGGAAGGGCCAGCGGCGGAGCGCCCUGCGACUACAACCCGGUCGGGACUUUCUACAAGGACGCGGAGGGCUCGUGCGCUUUCUCGAGCCGCGACGACCAGCCGCUGUUUGUCAGUCAGGAGCAGCGCAAAGCGGAGUGCCCGGAGCAGGCUGUCAGCAUGAGCAGCAGCAUCGACGACAAGUCCUCCACGCUGAUCUACCCGUGGAUGCAGAGGAUGAACGCCUGCUCCGCCGACACACCACUACAGAUUUCGAGUGCACUCUCAGGUCCAUUUGGAAACAGUGGCCGCAGGGGCCGACAGACCUACACCCGCUACCAGACUCUGGAGCUGGAGAAGGAGUUCCACUUUAACCGCUACUUGACAAGGAGGCGCCGGAUAGAGAUCUCCCACGCCCUGUGUCUGACGGAGAGACAGAUCAAAAUCUGGUUUCAGAACCGCAGGAUGAAGUGGAAAAAGGAGAACAAACUCCUCAAUCCCUCAAAGACACCCGAGGAGGAGGAGGAGCAGGCGGACAAGAAGAGCUAAAAGGACACUGAAUAAAAAGGCAUGUGUGUGUGUGUGUGUGCGCACACUCCCAACAUAAAAUGGUGUAUUAUUUCUUUGUAGAUAAAGUGCUGCAAAUCCCCAGUUAGAGACGUGUAGAACGAUAGACUUUAUUUCAGUAUCUGCACGGUGAUGAUGUCUGCAUUAGAGGUUAAAAUCAGGUCCUCCUCUGUUCGUCCUUGUGCUGUGUUUUUAUUUAGGGGACUAUGCAAAAAUCCGCCAAAAUGUAUAUACUUUUUAGUGUUUUAGUUUUUGACAAUGUUGUUACCUCAUUAUCGUAGGCCUACUGAGUUUUGUUAUUGUUAUUUUUAUGACAUUAAAAGAGGCUUUUUGUGUUUUACUGAACAUCUUGUGGUGUUAGUUGUUCUAUAGUCCAAUAGUCCUUUAGGCUUGUUGUGCCAUCGACUCUUCAAUCUGUACAGACUCGAAAUGUUACAUGUUAUUUAUUGUUGUUCACCUUGUGUUCAAUGCACCUCUGGAUAUUGUGUGCAAUAUUUUGUUUAGGAAAUUGUACAU